GAAGAAUUACUCAUCACCUGCCCCAUAAACACUUAAAAUUUCUAAAGCAAACACCUCUUGGGAAUGGAAGCUCGUCAUUUCUGUGAGUUGAUCCCGGGUUUGCCGGACGAACUCAGCCUUGAAUGCCUCUCACGGCUGCCGCACACCGCCCAGCCAGCUGCUUCCGCCGUCUGCCGCCGGUGGCGCCACCUCCUCCAGAGCCGAGAUUUCUAUCAUCUCCGGCGGAAGCUUGGGCACACCCGCAAGCUCGCCUGUCUGGUCCAGGCCCUCCCCAGUGAGCUCCCGCCGGGCGGGCACAAACCGGUCGGACCGCCCGGCUACGCCAUCACCGUCUUUGACCCGGAGACCGGGACAUGGGAUCUGCUCCACCCGCUUCCGGACUACCCGCACGGGCUGCCGGUGUUCUGCCAUCUCGCGAGCUGCGACGGCGAGCUGGUUGCCCUCGGCGGGUGGGACCCGGCGAGCUACGAGCCGGUGGCCGACGUCUUCGUGUACGACUUCGCGGCGCGGCGGUGGCGGCGGGGCGCGGCGAUGCCCCGGCGGACGUCGUUCUUCGCCGUCGGCGCGCACGGCGGGCGCGUCUACGUCGCAGGAGGGCACGACGAGGGAAAGAACGCCCUGAGGUACGCGUGGGCGUACGACGUGGGGUGGGACGAGUGGGCGGAGCUGGCCCCGAUGAGCCGUGGCCGGGACGAGUGCGAGGGGGUCGUGGCGGGGGGGUCCUUCUGGGUGGUCAGCGGGUACGGGACGGAGGACCAGGGCGGGUUCGAGGGGAGCGCCGAGGUGUACGAGCUCGGGACGGGGGAGUGGAGGCGGGUGGAGGGGGUGUGGGAGCCGGGGCGGUGCCCGAGCUCGCGCGUCGGAGUGGGAAGAGACGGGAGGGUGUUCAAUUGGGCCGAGUGGGACACGGCGGUCCGGACGGGGACGUGCCGGGUCGAACUAGGAGGAGGGCGGACCCUGGUCAUGGGUUCGGCGUUCGAGGGGGCACCGCAGGGAUUCUACAUGGUGGAGGGGCAAAAUGGGAAAUUGGAGAAGAUCGACGUUCCCGAAAAGUUCUCUGGGUUCGCCCGAACCGGGUGUUGCGUUGAAGUUUAGGUCAUUAUAAAAAUUUAAAAAACGUGCGUUUUAUGUUCAAGUGUGCACUUUUUUUUUUU